AUGUCUUCUUCGUCGAUCAUUGAUCAAAUCAAACGAAGUGGAGCAGAAUUGAAGGCUCUCUGGAACAAACUUCCUCAGGAAAAGGUUAAUCAAAACGCUCAUACCCCAGUCUUGUCCAAUGAGAUUAAGGCUCAUCGUAGUGUUCAUGAUUCCAUUGAGCAAGUCGUGAGGAGUUUGGAAGAGGCUACCUCGACCACAUCGCCAAGCUUUUCAAAACUAUCUCCGAGUGAGCUCUUGAAAACUGUGGGUUAUGAAUUAUGGAAUCAAUGUGUUGAGCAGAAUGCCAAGAAGUUUUUGGUCAGUUUGAAUUUGGAUGAAUUAUUGAAAUUGCAACUCAUUAGAGUUAGGAAGGUUGCUUGUCAUGUCAUUGAAAAAUCACUCAAGCCUUCAACUCUUACCCUCAAAGUCAUUCAUAACAUGAUGAGAUUGUACGCUAAAACAGCUCGAGACUAUCUAGUAUUGAAAAAGAGUAAUACUUCCACAACAGCCUCUCCCCAUAAGCUUCUGAAGAAAAAAGGAGCCCCUGCUCGCGACGAAGAUGGAGAUAUUGAAUUCGAAGAUGCUAUAUCAUCAGCUACAGCAAGUAACGCGAAUAAGGAGUAUGAGUUGGCUCUCGUUUGUUUCGAUAAGGCUGCGGUCUAUGCGGACAAGUAUAUGAAUGCAGCCAUAUCCUCUGAAAAUUCUUCUUCUUUGGACAGCAGUGCCAUCAUGUCCGAUGAACCUUUGGAUAAGAGCACAGACUCGGCUCUGAGUGCCAUCUUAAAUGUUUGUAUUGACAGGGCCGAUUGUUUAUAUCGCUCGAACAAUGUACAAGGGUCCUUUGCAGCAAUUCAACAAGGAAAGAAGCUCAUUCACAAGCUACCUCACGAGAUUCAGCGUAUUGCCAUGAUUGAGUAUAAUUAUGCAGUUGACCUUAAUGGUCAACUGAGGUAUGAGGAAACCAUUCCUUGGCUAAAGGACUCUUUUGAGUUGUAUGAGCUAGUAGCUGAGGGAAAGAGCUUGCAAAAGCAAUCGAGGACUUUACGUCUUCUCUCAAAUUCGUAUCUUGAAACUGGUAAUUUAGAGAAUGGCCUUAAUUGUAUCACCAUGGCCAAUAACAUGUGCAAGACUCCACAAGGAAUAUUCUUGGAAGUAAAAUUUUACGCCAUUUUAAGAAGAGAGGAACAAGCAGAGAGAAGUCUUCUCGAGCUGAUUCGUCUACCAGAGGCAGGAUUAGAUUUGGCCAUUGCUGCUUGUAAAGAGGUUUUCCAGGCAAAAAUGAUGGAAAUCACGGCCAAAGCUUAUAAAUUACUGCUCGAGUUGCAUGCCUCUACAGAGCAGGAGCCACGAAUUCUGAUGAGAUAUUUCGACUUUUUGGUUAAUUCUUCUGAAACAUCAAGUCUUUCAGAUGAGAUUGAGAAUAUUGUAAAACGAUUGCUUGCGUUAAAUCAACGCUAUCAAACAAGUACCAUGAUGAAGGCAACCAUGAAAGAAUUUCAGUGUACCCUUUGGAAUAUUGCAUGGAAACAUUUUCAAAAGAAAGAAUAUGCCAGUGCACUUUCUUUCUAUAACCAAUCUCUACAGAUACUUCCAAUGGAUGAUCUUGUAGAUAGAGCCAAAGUUUUACGAUCGAUGGCAAGGUGCCAUUUGGAAGAAGGCAAAACCUAUGAAGCUCAUUCAUGUGCUGAAAGUGCUGAACAGUUGGACCCCAAGUCCCUACAUACUCAUUACUUGAUGUAUCAAAUCAGUAUUCGCAUGAAGAAUAUUGAAAGUGCAAAGAAUUACUUGAAACUCAUGAUGCAAGACGAGGAUUUUCAGUCUCUCUUCUUUGCCAUUGCAGCACAAGAUGCUUACAAGGAGGGAAUUCAUGAGGUGGCCAUUGAUGCUUUAGAAGGACUCUUGAAAGAAAAUCAAAAGGAUAAACGCUUAUCGUUAGAGAGAGGACAAAUUCUGCGAACAUUGACCUAUCUAGCCGUCCUUAUCAAGGACAGGAGCAGCGUUCUCAAAUAUCUACAAAGAACCAUGCAAGAUUUUCAAACAGAAGGAACCUCGAACUUGUUCUCUACAGAACAUGAGGAGUCAGAAAUUGAAUGGUUUCACAGAGUUGCCUGGAAUAGCGCAGGUGAAUGUGUACAUGAAAAUCAAGUUGAGAUGGCAUUUGAGUUCUAUCGGCUUGCAUACCUCUUCUACACAUAUCGAAAUGCAUCUCUCGAAACUCUCACCACUCAAAAGUACUGCUAUCUCAUGAGAAUAUAUUGUGCUGUUGAGGUCACUCGGAGAAGUGAUGAGUACGCGAAUGGUGCUCAACUCACUCAGAAAAAUAGAGAAAUUUUGCAGAAAGCUCUCGAUGAUACUCAGUCUUGCAAGAAAUUGCUUCAAUUACUGGCUCGAGAUUACCAAAGCAUGGACUCUAACAGAGACAAGAUUUACCCUCUGGUACAUUUGGCAGAAAUUCAACUCUUAACCAUGUUGGGAUGUGACGAGGCCCUAGUAAUAGAUGUCAUUAAUGCUACCUUAAAACUUGAUUCAAUUACAGGUCCAGGUGUAUAUGAAAUGAUAGCAUCCAUUUGUUGUAGUGCUGACAGUAAUGGCAAUACAUAUCAUGCAGCAGCGAAAUAUGCUUUGCAAAUGGCUCUAAAAAAGAUUUUACAUGGUACCUCAACCAAUUACUCCAAAGCACUUUCACUCUAUACGUUAAUCAUCCAAAUUUGUAACAGUAGAGAGGAAAGCUAUACAGUGUUUGAGGAGGUGCUAAAAUUAUUAAAUCAAAUCAAACCAAGUGAGCAGUUCGUUCAAAGCGAGCACAAUACAUUUGUUUGGUUUUGUACCGAGUCUUGGAACAAUGGAGUGUAUUAUUACAAGUUGUUGAAAAAUGACAAAGCUCAAGAGUGGAUGAAAUUGAGUGUUAAACUGUGUUGUUAUUUGAGUGCAGAGGAAGAAGUUGUGAAAACCAUCACUGAGAGAUAUGCCAUUGCCUUUGAGAAGCUUUCUAAUUAG